CACGGGCUGCGCCUCUUCACGCUGGAGCGGUCAUGCUGCUAUGAGGCCCUGCUGCUAGACGAGGAGCGCGGCCGCCUCUUCGCCGGCGCCCAGAACCAUGUCCUGUCCCUGGCCCUGGACAACAUCAGCCAUCGGGACAGGAAGAUCUAUUGGCCGGCACCAGUGGAGUGGAGGGAGGAGUGCAACUGGGCCGGCAAGGACAUCACCGCCGAGUGCAUGAACUUUGUGAAGAUCUUACACCCCUACAACCGCACCCACCUGUAUGCCUGCGGCACUGGUGCCUUCCAUCCCGUCUGCGCCUUCGUGGAGGCUGGCCAGCAUGCAGAGGAGCCUGUCUUCAAGCUGGAUGCCCAGCAGGCUGAGGACGGCAAAGGGAAGAGCCCCUACGACCCCCGGCAUACAGCUGCCUCUGUCCUCGUGGGAGAGGAGCUCUACUCGGGGGUGGCCACUGAUCUGAUGGGCCGUGACUUUACCAUCUUCCGCAGCCUGGGCCAGCGUCCCUCCAUCCGCACUGAGCAGCACGACUCCCGCUGGCUCAACGAGCCCAAGUUCGUGGCCGUUUUUUGGGUGCCGGAGAGCGAGGACCCCGACGAUGACAAGAUCUACUUCUUCUUCCGUGAGACAGCGGUGGAGCGGCAGCAGGGGCUGGGCAAGACCAGCUUUGCCCGCAUCGGCCAGAUCUGCCGGAACGAUGUGGGUGGGCAGCGCAGUCUGGUGAACAAGUGGACAACCUUCCUGAAGGCUCGGCUCAUCUGUGCUGUGCCGGGACCAGACGGGGCGGACACUCACUUUGAUGAGCUCCGGGAUGUCUUUCUGCUGCAGACAAGGGACAAGCGCAACCCCCUGGUCUACGCUGUCUUCUCCACGUCCAGCUCCGUUUUCCAGGGCUCCGCCGUCUGCAUCUAUACCAUGGCUGACAUUCGCCGGGCUUUCCUGGGCCCCUUCGCACAUAAGGAAGGUCCCAACUACCAGUGGGUGUCAUACCAGGGGCGCGUGCCGUACCCCCGCCCAGGCAUGUGCCCCAGCAAAACCUUCGGCACCUUCGGCUCCACCAAGGACUUCCCAGAUGACGUGAUCCAGUUUGCUCGGCACCACCCGCUGAUGUACAACCCGGUGCUGCCCCACGGCCAGCGCCCCCUCUUCCUGCAAGUGGUGACCCUGGGGCCAAGGGCUGAGGGGAGAGCUGGGGGAUGCUGGGGCCGGGACAUCUGGCCUCACCCCUCCCUGCCUGCAGACAUGGGCACGGUGCUGAAGGUGGUCUCAGUGCCCAAGGAGAGCUGGCACCACAUGGAACCGCUGCUGCUGGAGGAGCUGCAGAUCUUCCAGGAUGCCUCCCCCAUCACCAGCCUGCAGCUCUCCUCCAAGCGGCAACAGCUCUAUGCCGGCUCGGCUGUGGCGCUGGCCCAACUGCCACUGCACCGCUGCAGUGCCUACGGCAAAGCCUGUGCUGAGUGCUGCCUGGCCCGGGACCCGUACUGCGCCUGGGAUGGCACCGCCUGCACCCGAUAUGUGCCGAACACCAAAAGGCGUUUCCGACGGCAGGAUGUCCGCAACGGUGACCCCAAUGUGCUUUGCUCUGAAGGUGAGCCGGGACCGGACCCCUGGCGGGGCAACGUGCCUCAGAAACAGCUCUACGGGGUGGAGGGCAGCACCACUUUCCUGGAGUGUGUCCCCAAAUCCCUGCAAGCCCAUGUCCUCUGGACGUACCAGCGCACCCCAGAUGACCCCCAGCGAGAG